AUGUCUUCAGACCUCACCCAACGAAUCCAGUCCAAGCUCGACGAUGCUAUAGAUCGUUAUAUUGCUCGCAACCCACGAUCCAAGUCCUUGCAUGAUGAAGCAGUCAAGUCCAUGCCUGGUGGAAACACAAGAACUGUUCUUCAUACCAGCCCAUUCCCAGUUGUAAUCAAGUCUGGUAAAGGACAUCAGGUCACCUCUGAAGAUGGACAUGUUUAUACAGACCUGACUGGCGAGUUCACGGCAGCUCUUUAUGGACAUUCCAACCCUGUCAUUCUCUCAGCAAUUCGAGAUGUGCUGGACAAUGUUGGUAUGAAUGUGGGUGGCAACACAGCUCAAGAGCAAAUAUUCGCCCGCGAGCUUUGCAGUCGCUUCAAUAUUGAACAUGUUCGCUUCUGCAACUCUGGUACUGAGGCCAACAUCCACGCUCUGGCAGCUGCGCGAGCUUUCACCAAGAAGAGAAGAGUGGUGACUUUCAGCGGGGGCUACCACGGCGCUGUCAUAGGCUUCAAGGGAGGAAAGCCAGAAGCCAAUAAUGUGGACAUGGAUGACUGGGUAGUGGCCAGAUAUAAUGAUCUUGAAAGUGCUCGCGCUGCUAUCGAGGGUGAGGAUGUCGCUGCUGUUUUGCUAGAAGGUAUGCAGGGCUCUGGAGGUGGUCUGUCAGGGAAGCCAGAGUUUCUGCAAGGUAUACAAGAAAUUGCUGCAAAGGCUGGCGUCUUGUUCAUCAUUGACGAAGUCAUGACUUCCCGUCUUUCUGCGGGAGGCAUCUCCGAAUUAAGAGGUCUCAAGCCAGAUCUAAAGACUUUUGGUAAAUAUCUCGGAGGAGGUCUUGCUUUUGGUGCCUUUGGCGGAAGGGCGGAUAUUAUGGCAGCCUUUGAUCCUCGAUCUCCGAAUGCCCUCUCCCAUUCAGGCACCUUCAACAACAACACUCUAGUGACCCAUGCCGGAUAUGCUGGCUUGACCAAAGUCUACACUCCUAAAGUCUCUGUCCAGUUUACCAAAUCUGGUGAUGAGCUGAGAGAACGACUUGAUGCAGUAACUGAGGGCACGAGGGUAGUCUUUACUGGUGUCGGUACGAUCAUGGGAGUACAUUUCCCAACGAAUGGCGAUCGCAUAUUUGAACGAUCUGGGGAAAUCGAGGAAAUCGACACCUUGAGAGAUCUAUUUUGGUGCGAGAUGAUGGAAGAAGGAUUCUGGAUUGUGCGCAGAGGAUUCAUGGCUCUUGUGCUGGGAACACCAGCAGCUGAGCUUGAUAGCCACGGCCUCUUCAUCAAUAUGGAUUUCCAAAACCGCGCUGGCUCGAAAUUCGGCGGUGGAGGUGUAGCCUCUCAGUCCGCCACAAACGCCGACCGUCGCGAACGUCUUCGAAAGCUCGCCCUCGAGACUAUCGACCUCGACAAGGAUCCUUACUUCUUCAAGAACCACGUCGGCUCUUUCGAGUGUCGUCUGUGUCUCACUGUCCACCAGAACGACGGUUCUUAUCUCGCCCAUACCCAGGGAAAGAAGCAUCAGACCAACCUCGCCCGUCGCGCUGCUCGCGAGCAGAAGGAAGGCCGCCAGGGCGCUGUCGAUCCCGCCACUGGUCUGCCCAUCGGUGUCACAGGCGCAGGUUUUGCGCAGCGUCGCAAUAUCGUCAAGAUUGGUCGCCCAGGAUACAAGAUCACAAAGAUCCGCGAUCCGGUUUCUCGACAGCAGGGUCUACUCUUCCAGCUUCAGUACCCUGACGCAACACCCGAAACAUCGCCCAAGUGGCAAGUCAUGAACGCCUUCACCCAGCACGUCGAGGAGCCCGACAAGAACUUCCAGUAUCUGCUUGUCGCAGCCGAACCAUACGAGACAGUCGGUUUCAAGAUCCCAGCGCGUGAGCUCGACAAGCGCGAGGAUAAGCAAUUUGCCUAUUGGGACCCGGAUGCCAAGGAGUAUUGGAUCCAGGUUAUGUUUAUGACAGAGCGUGAGGAGCGUUUCAAUGCCGCUCCUGGAUUGACAGCGAGGAGGUAA